UAGCUUCAAGCUUCGUGCCCUUCUUCGAUCGCCUCCCUUCCAUUCUCGUUCCUUCACGCGUCCUCCGUCGUCGGCGCAACCCUUAAGCUAGAGAGCGAGAGCGAGAGAGAGAGAGAGAGGAAGGCCACAAUGGGCGGCAAAGGCGAGGGUCCGGCCAUCGGGAUCGACCUCGGGACGACCUACUCCUGCGUCGGGGUGUGGCAGCACGACCGCGUCGAGAUCAUCGCCAACGACCAGGGGAACCGGACGACGCCGUCCUACGUCGGGUUCACCGACACCGAGCGCCUCAUCGGGGACGCCGCCAAGAACCAGGUCGCGAUGAACCCGACGAACACCGUUUUCGAUGCCAAGAGAUUGAUUGGCCGGAGAUUCAGUGAUGCCUCUGUACAGAGUGAUAUUAAAUUGUGGCCAUUCAAGGUCAUUCCUGGGCCUGGGGACAAGCCCAUGAUUGUGGUCAACUACAAGGGUGAGGAGAAGCAGUUUGCUGCUGAGGAGAUCUCUUCCAUGGUCCUCAUGAAGAUGCGUGAGAUUGCUGAGGCUUAUCUUGGAUUCAAUGUGAAGAACGCUGUGGUCACUGUCCCAGCAUACUUCAAUGACUCCCAGCGUCAGGCCACCAAGGAUGCUGGUGUCAUCGCAGGCCUAAACGUGAUGCGUAUCAUUAAUGAGCCUACAGCAGCUGCUAUUGCUUAUGGUCUUGACAAGAAAGCAACCAGUGUCGGCGAGAAGAAUGUCUUGAUCUUUGACCUCGGUGGUGGUACAUUCGAUGUCUCUCUCCUCACCAUUGAGGAGGGUAUCUUUGAGGUGAAGGCCACUGCUGGUGAUACCCACCUUGGUGGAGAGGACUUUGACAAUAGAAUGGUCAACCAUUUUGUCCAAGAGUUCAAGAGGAAGCACAAGAAGGACAUCAGUGGCAACCCUAGAGCCCUCAGGAGGUUGAGGACAUCUUGCGAAAGGGCCAAGAGGACACUCUCAUCCACGGCCCAGACCACCAUCGAAAUUGAUUCCUUGUAUGAGGGUGUUGAUUUCUACUCAACCAUCACCCGGGCUAGAUUUGAGGAGCUCAACAUGGACCUUUUCAGGAAGUGUAUGGAGCCGGUUGAGAAGUGUUUGAGGGAUGCCAAGAUGGAUAAGAGUACUGUCCACGAUGUUGUCCUUGUUGGAGGUUCAACUAGGAUUCCCAAAGUUCAGCAGCUUCUGCAGGAUUUCUUCAAUGGCAAGGAACUUUGCAAGAGUAUUAACCCAGAUGAGGCCGUUGCCUACGGUGCUGCUGUUCAAGCUGCCAUCUUGAGCGGUGAGGGCAAUGAGAAAGUGCAGGAUCUCUUGCUGUUGGAUGUCUCCCCACUCUCCCAAGGUCUCGAGACUGCUGGCGGUGUCAUGACCGUGUUGAUCCCUAGGAACACCACCAUCCCCACAAAGAAGGAGCAAGUUUUCUCUACCUACUCAGACAACCAGCCUGGUGUGCUCAUUCAGGUCUACGAAGGUGAGAGAACGAGGACCAGGGACAACAACCUGUUGGGUAAAUUUGAGCUCUCAGGCAUUCCCCCGGCUCCUAGGGGCGUCCCUCAAAUUACUGUGUGCUUCGACAUUGACGCAAAUGGUAUCUUAAAUGUGUCUGCUGAGGACAAGACCACCGGUCAAAAGAACAAGAUCACCAUUACCAAUGACAAGGGAAGGCUAUCCAAGGAGGAUAUCGAGAAGAUGGUUCAAGAGGCAGAGAAGUACAAGUCCGAGGACGAAGAGCAUAAGAAGAAGGUCGAGGCCAAGAAUGCCUUGGAGAAUUACGCCUACAACAUGAGGAACACCGUCAAGGACGAGAAGAUUGGCGCCAAGCUCCAGCCUGCCGAUAAGAAGAAGAUUGAGGACACCAUCGAGCAGGCCAUUCAAUGGCUGGACGGCAACCAGCUGGCCGAGGCUGACGAGUUCGAGGACAAGAUGAAGGAGUUGGAGAGCAUCUGCAACCCCAUCAUUGCCAAGAUGUACCAAGGUGCCGGUGCUGACAUGGACGCAGAGAUGGACGAUGAUGAUGGUCCUGCUGCCGGUGGAAGCGGAGCUGGUCCUAAGAUCGAGGAGGUCGACUAAUUAUUCUCCAUGGCUAUCUUUAUCUAGUGUUUCUUUUUGCCCCUUUUCUGUUAUGUCUAGGAUCUGCAAGCGCUUGGAUGUUUAUCUUGGCUUUUCUUUGUAAGUGUUUGUUCCCAAAGCGCUUGGAUGUUCAUCUUCAUACUAGAUCUUUUGUGCAA